AUGAGAGAAAUCGUGGAUCUGUUGGACAAGCUCCAGAUGAACUACUCGAAUGCUAUCCCGGACUGGCUCAAAAACUACUCACUCCCGUACACCACGACGAAGACAGGCGCGCUUGCCCCCACUGGCUUUGCUGAGCUUGCAGGGUUUGCUAGUACAUUUUUUAGCAACCCAGACGACGUGGAGUACAUUGAGUACCCCGACGGAAAUAUGAACGAGAGUAUCGUAUUUCUAAAAAACCAGUUGAACCUGCCCAACUAUGCUGAAUUGAGCCCCACCGAUGCGGCGUCGGCUUUCUCUGCUUGCGCUUUCGACAUCAUGCUCUACAACGUCACCACCCAGUGGUGCUCCCUCGUUAGCCAGGCCUUCUUGAAUCAUCUGGAGUACUCCGACGAGCUGGAAACGUUUUACGAGCAAGGUCCUGGUUACAAAAUCAACUACGAAAUCUCCGCCGUCCUUCUUCAAGACAUUUACGCGUACAUGAAAAACUUCACUACUGGCGACACUUCCAUCGUUGGCAACUUGCGUUUCGCACAUGCUGAAACCACUCUGCCGCUCAUGACACUAUUUGGCUAUGGGAAUCGCACGAAGCUCCUUGCGUCGUGGACAGACGAGCAGAUUGACUCGCGGGGCUUCCGCUCAUCAUCACUUGGCCCAGCAGCUUCUAACAUCGAUUUCCGACUGUACCGCAAUAAAUUGGACCAAAAGUACUACGUGUCGGUGUGGAUCCAGGAGGUGGUAGCCCCCUUGCCAGGAUGCGACGAAAACCCUGUCGCCGAUGUGUCUCCUCCCGAGGUUCUGCCGGUUAAGAGCAUCGGUCGAUUUCUCGCCGUCACGUCCCUUCUCUCUAUCUUCUUGCUGGCAGUCACGAGUGGGAUCGAAGAUGAUAACGGCAUUGUGGCUGAGGAUGACAUCUUGAAUGCAGCAGAUCACAGCUUCAUAAACCCUCUUUCGUUUGGGACCAUGACAAUGUACUGGGAUCAACGCAGUGCCCAGAUGAGUCUGGUGCAGAAUAAUGUACGCGUGACUGGCGUCCAGGCGUCGGAGCUGGAGUUGCUGCAGAUUCAGCAAGUGAGUCGUCACGGAAGCAGAUUCCCAACCGACAACACGAUGCGUGAGAUUGCCGAUCUACUGUACAGGCUGCAGGCAAAUUUUUCAAACGUCCUCCCAGAGUGGUUGAAAGAGUAUUCGCUGCCGUAUAACAUGUCAGUUGCCGGGGUUUUAUCAUCGACUGGCUAUGAUGAGCUCGCAGCGUUUGGUAAACGAACUCGGGACUCGGUGGGGCAAGCGAUUCCGACCAGAUUCAACAAAAAUGAGUUUAUCCUUGCUCACACGUUCAUUAAGCGCACGCGUGACAGUGCCAGAGCGUUUGCCAGUACAUUCUUCGACAGCCCAAAUGACGUCAACUACAUCGAAUAUGCCAAGGGAAAGGACCCCUUUAUUCGUUUCUAUGACAUUUGCGACCGAUACCUUGCUGAGGUGAAGCACAACCCGAACGCGUCUGCAGAACUCAAAGCUUAUGGAAGUUCGAGUCAAAUGAAUGCGAGCAUGGCUGAUCUCAAGUCGCAUCUGAAUCUACCUGACAGCGUUGCUCUCAGUGUCACAGACGUCCGUGCAGCCUUCGCAGCUUGCGCGUUUGACAUCAUGGUGUAUGGCAUCACGAGUCACUGGUGUUCUCUUAUGGAUGAAACGUUCUUGAACCGCCUCGACUACGCUGAGGAUCUCGAAGCCUUCUACGAGCAGGGUGGAGGCUACAAGAUAAACUACGAAAUGGCGGCAGUCCUGCUUCAAAAUAUUCACUCAUUUAUGAAAAUGUUCAUUUCGGGAGAAACCACUGUUGUCGGGAACCUACGUUUUGGUCACGCGGAGACCACACUGCCCCUUAUGACGCUACUUGGUUAUGGUGAUCGCACAAAGCUUCUCUCGUCGUGGUCGGCCGAUCAAAUCAACUCAAGGAACUUCCGUACUUCGGUGCUUUCCCCUACCGCCUCCAACAUCGAUUUCCGUCUAUAUCGUGGGAAAAAGGACCAAAAAUACUACGUAUCAGUGUGGAUCCAAGAAGUCGAAGAUACCCUCCCCGGAUGCGAUGAUGAAAUGUACUGCGAGCUAUCCAAAGUCGAGAAACUUUGGAGCUACUAUCUCAACGACUACAACUUCAAAACCGACUGUGCCAUUCCGAAGAAAGGCAAGAAAAAUCCCCGUUUCUCUGCUUCGAUGUACAACCAUGUAUCGACCCACACAACGCUAGAGGAGGCCAUACUGGCGCUUCACGCGCACAAUACAUUCCAGUACGUGACGGCCUACAACUACGGUGCCUUCGGUCACGGCAAAGUGUACCGCUGCAUCUCACAUGAAGACUGCGAGCAUCGACUCCGCGUCCUCGAGAGUACGAAAGAUGAGGAGGAAAUUCCCGUCACUUUCCAAUUGGAAGACGCUGGGGAUCACGGAGACCAAGUCACCAAUCGGAAGCGAAUUGGUAUCGAUCUAUCCGUAAAGGGAGAAGUGGAUGGACUGCUUGCAAAAGGCAUGACUCCCAAGAAAUGUCUCUCUGCACUGCAGAACAAGUAUGCGGACCAACCAGCCAUGCUGGUGAAGGUCCCUGAUGAAGGUCAGGUAAAGAACAGACUCCUUACACUUCGAAAAAACAACUGGAACAGGCCAGGAGCUACAACCACGUUGUUGCCUCGUCGGGGUCGGAAGCGACGCGGAGGGUGGGACGAGAGUUCCGAAUCCGAGUCCGAGACGGAGAGUUUGAUCGUUGAUGACGAUACCGACCGUAAACAGCCGGAAGAGAUUGCCAUUGAUGAGGCUGUUGAGAUCGCUAGCGAAGAGGAGGAUCUGCUUGACAAGGAGAAGCUGAUGAAGGAGUUUGCUGCACUCCCCGGUCGACCAGUUUUUUGGAACAUCCUGAAGAAAACGAUGCACCUGAAGGACAAGAGCAAGGACAUCGUGACGGAGUGGAUCACCGGUCGGGUGAUCGGGUGGCAGACUAAGAAGAGUUCGUCGCCCAAGUGGAUGGUGCGCUUUACGGAUGGCGAGAAAAAGCUUUUUGAGCUUGAAGAACUGGUCGAUGAGAUCAGAGCAGCAUCGAACUUGGGGCUGAAUGUCACGGGCCGCCCUCUUGACCUGUAAGUGGGCUUUUGUAAUACGGAUUAGCUUGCAUUUUUUAUCGUAUCCCAGAAAUCCUCGAUGUAGCAAGUUUUCCAGCUAACAUCGGCCACAUUUAACCGUGCUGUCCCAACCUAACAAAUUAAGUAUACUGUCCACGUAUCGUAACAA